AUGGUUCGCAAUUAUAUUCGCAAAUCUCAGAGAGGAUCCGGAUAUUCAAAAGAAGAUCUAAGGACUGCUGUAAACAUUGUAAAGAGUGGACUAAUGAGUAUUUACAUAGCUAGCUUGAUGUAUCAUAUUCAAAAAAAUAGACUUUCGGACCAUGUAAAAGGGCGCAGAGGUCAGAAAAGUUCAACCUAUGGUAGAAGGACAGAUCUCAGUUUUGAAGAGGAGACGUAUCUGGCAGAUUGUAUCCGCUGUAUGGAGAAGUGGGGAUUCGGUCUAACCAGAAAGGAAUUGCUCGGGAUAGUGGAAGAUUACGUUAAAACGAAUAAAAUUAAGACGCAGUUUAAAAAUGACAAACCAGGUGAAGACUGGUUUUUAAAUUUUAAAAGUCGUCACAAGCUUUCUAUUAAAACACCUCAAAGCGUCGAAUUUGCCCGAAAAAAGAAUGUUGAACCGUUUUUAGUCUACCAGUACUUCGAUUUAUUAGAAAAUACAAUCAAAGAACUUGGAUUAGAGGAUAAACCAUCUUAG